AUGCGCCGCUCAGUGACUGUACCGAAUGGCUUGGACGAGGAGCAGAGAAAGAGGCGGGCAGCCCUGCCUCGGGCCAAGUCGACGGCUGAUGUCCAGCAGAGUGGACAUACGUCGGCCAAGACGCAACGGAGGCCGAAGGAAGGCUUGAACGAGGAAGAUCAGGACGCGUUCAGCCUAGGAGGCUUCUUCCCCGGUAUAUUUCGAUGGGGAGGGAAAUACAGUGAGGCGGAGGCAGAAGGAGAGGUAACAGCGGAAGACUCGGAGCAAGCUAUCUUGGGAGAGGACAAACUGGGCAUUCUGCGACUGAAUCGGGAGAUAUUCAGGAUGGACGAGGGCGCGGACGACGAGCUGCUUGUGUCGCCUUACGCGGAGGGAAGUGCUGUAGACGAGGAGUCAUUGUUUCUCGCGCUGCGACAACGGCGGGCGGCGAGCAUGGGGGUGUCUGGGGACGAACCUUUGGCGGUUGCCGCUGGCCCCCGUAGAGUGUUGAGCGGGGUCCCAGGCGCAAGUGACUUAUAA